AUUCUCUCCCAAUUUUUCCUAAUUUUGAUUUUGGAUUGAUAAACUGAUAUAAUUUCAUACUCAAUUGGCCUAAAGAUGAAGAGCAAAAUUUGAUGGGUAAGGUGACAAUUUUUGUUAUUUUGGGUUAGAUUUGCCCAUGAAAUUGGACUAAUAUGAAUGUAACGGAGGAAUAUAUCAAGAGGGAGUGAAUAAUUUUUAUUUUAUUUUAUUUUUUUAAAUUGCUAUUAAUGCCUGCUAUGUCUUAUGGUAUAGGGCCUUAAGCAGCUAAGAAGCAAUAUGUUCAAAUGAUGAUUGAAACUAAAAUGAGAAUGUUGAGAUGAAUGGGUGGUGUUAUUAGAAAAGAUAGACUAAGAAAUGAAUUCACUGGCAGAAAUUACCAAUUGAAGAUAAAAUGAAAAAAAAAAAAAAAAAUUGAUUGACAUGGUAUGGUCAUGUGUGAAACAGACCAACGUUGAUCCUAUUGCAAAGGUAAUUGAUGAUCUCAUAGUUUUAAUAUUGUGGUUGUGGGCCCAAGGUUUUAUUUAUGUGUUUUUGAUAGCUAUUUUUCAGCCCUCUACUGUUUCAUGGUUCUUUAGUGUAUAGAGCCAGAGCAGUGAAUUUUUUUUUUUUGUUGAGUAUUUUCAAUUUUAGCAGUUCAUAUUUUAGCAUUUACUUAUAAUUUGUUUGUUUCCUUAAUUUGAUUGGACCCUAGACUACAUUUAGCAGCAUGGUCUGGACAGGCACAUGCGGUAAGCUAUCUGUGCAAGAACAAGGCAUAUGUUGGUGCUGUUGCUAUGGAUGACAUGGGCGCUUCAAGAGAGUAAGCGUAAAAUGACCAAUGCGACCAGAGGUGGUAAGCUAUAUAAAAUUGAUGAAUUUUACGUUUUAUCAAAUUUAUAUAUAUAUACAUAUGGAAAUUAUUAACACAUUAUACUAAAUAUGUGCAGAAGCAUUUUACCCUCAAUUAAAGGAAAACUGUUGUUGGCUAAUUAUUUGUACGUGGCUACUCAACUUUAGAUAGAAGUGUACAAUUUUGUCAAGGCAACUGAUGGGCCUUUAUAAAUAUAUUAAUCGACUUUCAUAUCAUUAAAGAAAUUGAGGUGAAGGUGGCCUAGAUGUAGAUGUAUAUGCUAUUUUUGCACAAUCUUACAAGGUAAGAAAUCCGUCAUGGAAUAUUUUUAAUAGAUCACACAUGCAAUUAAUGUAUUUUCUUCUUAAUGCCCUACCAGUUAGUAUUUUAUGGAAAAUAUUUUUAUUUUGGGGUUCACAAUGUUCAUAUUUAAGAUCGAAGAAGAAGAACGAAAACUUGAAUCAGCUAUUGAAGAAACAGAAAAGCAGUGUGCUCAAAUGACUGCUGAACUGAAGGAAUUGGAGUUAAAAUCUAGCCGCUUUAACGAGUUAGAGGAGCGGUAUUGGCAUGAGUUCAAUAAUUUUCAGUUUCAGUUAAUUUCACAUAAGGAAGAGAGAGAUGCAAUUUUGGCCAAAAUUGAAGUUUCACAAGCACAUUUAGAGUCAUUUAGAGGCAUGUGCUUGUAUCAUUUAGAGUCAUUUUCUUGUCUAGGAUGCUAGUGCUAUCAAUGAAUAUAUUUGUGGGGUUAAAAAUUAAUUAAUUUAAUUUUUCAUCAUCAAUUACAAUAAUGACUUAAGUGAGUUGGUUAUUUGAGGCUAUCUGCUUGAAAUUGAUUGAUCUUAUGGGGACUCAAAUCGGGUUCUCGGUUUGGGAGUUAGAGUCGAAUUUCACUCUAGGCAAAUUAGUUUCUUAAGAAACUUAGAAUUCAAGGUGUUGAUGCGCCAAAAUCACCAAACGGCAUCGAAUUAGUA